CCCACAUGACUAUUUCUGAACGUUGUCCCAUGUUCUUCUCGCAGGUUCCUCAGGACAGAGAUAUGCCGGUUCUGAGAUGAGCCCCUGAGCAGCAAAGAGCCAUCGCUUGUGCGGCACCUAAAGUGUGACUAGGGCGUCACAGAGCACCGCAGGGGAACAAACCUUUGCUCCAAGUGCCAUAAUAUGCUUUUUCCAUCCAUGCUGCUUCAGUCCAUCGUCUGGGCCACCAGCUGAUGAGAUGGCACAGAGCGCCGAGCUCCAGCCAAGCUUUGAGGACGUUUUUAAUAUUCUAUCCCAGAUCCCACAAGAUAAACUCCUUAGCCUCAAAUAUAAACUGAAGCACUUGAUACUUGGCCCCAGCAGCAAAUUACUGCAAGCCAUGGUCCUGCUUACUCUGGGGCAAGAAGCGGAUGCAAGAAUUUGUUUGGAUGACUUGGGAGAUAACCGGGCAGCCCAGUAUGUCCACCAGACGAAACUGGGCGCUGCAGGAGUGCAGGAAGAUGGGGAGGAUUUGCAGCCUGCCCAGCUGGAUGCAGGUGCCAUGGCACUUCUGGCACAGAUCUACUCGGUGUUGGCGGAGGAAAAACUGUGCAGUCAUGAAGCCAUGGACAAAGCCUGCCAGGCCGCCACCAAAACCUGCAACGCCAGCAAGGAAACUCAGGGGGACACGCUCAACAGCAUCCCAGCUGAGGACCAGGAAGAACAUGGCUCUGCCAUCAGCAUGGGCCCAGGUGACAAAUUUCAGAUGCUGAGAUCUGAUGUGGGCAUAGGAUUUCACCAGAUGGCCAGCCCAAACUACGUGGUGAGAAGUUCCCCAGUGCAGAUUGGAGGCAACUCAGACCUUUCAGGCCCACGGACCUUGUGCUCCUUGGGGAGUCCCUCUCUCCCCAGUCACUUUGAGAUCAGUGCGUCGCCAACAGUUGUCUUUCACACCCAGCCUUCUUCUCACAAGUGUGUCCCCCAGCCCAGCCAGCUGUGCGAAGGGAGCACCAGCGGUGCUGGACAGCCUGACGGGGACAGACGGAGCCACAGCCUGGAGGAAACAAGCUGGGCCAGCAGACCCAGCUCUCAUCCUGGGCAGGACACAGGUGCCCAAGUCCCCCGACCGGAGAAGGUUCUGCAGGUCAGUUCAUGUUGUCCAACUCUCCCUAUUCCUGAAACGCAGCUGCCUACACUGGAUGCUGUGAACCAACCUGUCAAAAGCGGUGAUGUUUCCAGCACAGUGGCAGCAGAACCUCAUGCACCAAAAGAAAGCACAGACAAAAAGCAAGAUGAAAAGCAAUUAUCUACAGGUCUUCCUGACUCACGAGCUACAGUGGAUACUGGUCCUGCCCACCCAUCCAUGGAGGACUCCUAUGUUCCAGCAGGCAUUUCUUUUAACUCUGCACCUGCUUCCAUUUCAGGCUAUUCCCUUCCUUCUCCUACCUAUUCCUUCUCCUCAACCCUUCCCCCUCAUCUUCGGGGAGCUCCUUCCAACUUAUCAUAUCCCCCUCCCCUCCACUCAUCCCCCUCUCCAGCCUGGCCUCCUCCUCUCCAAGCUGUAGAAGCAGUGCCCACAUCAGAACCAGAUGGUGGAGAGAGAAAGUUCUUCACUUUCGUUGUCCUGCACGCUAGUGAAGAUGAGAUUGUUGCCCAUCGGGUCAAGAACCUGCUGGAGAACAUGGGGGUUCGCAACGGUGCCACACUCUGUGAGGACUUCUUAAUUGCUGGACGCAGCCAUCUGACUUGCUUCCAGGAUGCUAUGGAAAACUCUGCUUUCAUCAUCCUUCUGCUGACCAAGAACUUCCCAUGUGACCUGUGUAUGUUUCAGACAAACACUGCCCUGAUGGAGUCCAUCCUGAAACAACCCAAACGUGACUCAGUCAUCCCUUUUGUGCCCAAGGAGAACCCCCUGGAGUGGAGUCAGAUUCCCAGCACGCUCGGUGCGCUGAUGCCCUUGAAUGAGAACUCUCCUGGGUUCUCCAGGAUGGUGCACAACACCUUUACCACCAGUAGGAUCAGUAAGAAGAAAGCCAUGUGGGACCAGAUGCAGAGAGAGAAACUACAGCGGUAUCAGGAACAGUAUCAAACACUGCAGAACUUUGGUGCUCUGAACCUUGGCUCCUUUGCCCAAGUGCCUCCAUCAGCAACACGGCCGCAGCUGCUGAAGCAAUCACCCCAACAGAGGUGCCCCCCCGCUUCGACUGUCCCUCCUGCCACAUACCCGCCUCCCCCCGCUGGUCAUCCCAUGCCUCCUCAUAUGGGUCCCCAUCCUUUCCAACCGCUUCAUCUCCCGUCAGGCCACUACAACACGAUGCCAGGUCCAGGAGGCACCCCGCCCCUCAUCAUUCAACAUGCUCGAAUGGUUCAGAUUGGGAACCACAACAUGAUGCAGGUAGAAACUGUCACACCAGGUCCACAGGACAGUGAGGAAGAAACCAGGUAGAAUGGUUGAUCAGAGACGCAGCAGGUCAGCCGAGGCCAGAGACACUCACACUUAGUUUCAAACCCUAGAUUAUAGUGAUUCUGUUGGGACUGGGACUAUUCUGAUUUCACUGUGGGUAAAAGGUGCCACUUUCUUGGAGCACAGGAGAAAAUUACCUUCUCUUUUGUUGGACAAAAGAGGUUGCAAUCUCCUGAGACUGUUUUCCUUGUGCUUAUUUUCGAGUAACUGAGAAAACUCUUUUUC